AUGACCCCUAAAACCUGUAUGCCCAUUUCUAUUUCACAUUAUGGUAAUUUGCCUUUUACUCAUUUAUCGGAUUCUUUUGUCGUUUUAUUAUGCAUUCCCACAGACUCCUCAGAGCCAGCUCGGCCUCUUGUAUGUUUUUCUCCUAAGUUUUCUCUCAUCGCCCCGGAAACUGCCACUCAACACGAUCGUCAGAGUGAGCUGCCACUUCACGGUCCUUCGGAUACUCUUGAGACUUUUCGCUCCUCUCCAGCCUCUCAAUGCACUCCAUUAUUGCACCAACUGGCAUUUUCAACUCGGCAUCGGGAUCUUCUGCUACUUGUCACGUGUACUGCCCAGGCAAAGUUAGUAGAAACGCAAAUUAGUCUCGAAUUCGUUACCUUUGGCUCAUGGUUAUAUUUCUGUGCAAUUUUGGAAUGUCAUCCGUUAUAG